AUGAAGCAGGCAGAGAUGCUGCUGCGAAUGCUUUCGCAAGCUAGCGAAGGCGACUGCCUGCAUCACUUGCCACAAUGCACUGAAAAGGACAUCAAUGCUCGCACCGCAGACGGAGCAACUGCAUUGCAUUAUGCGGCAUCUGCUGGGUACGCGGAUGUCUGCUUGGAGCUCUUGGAAUCACCUUUAUUCAUGCAGGUGAACGACCAAGACGCAUCCGGAUGCACAGCCUUGCAUUACGCCGCCUGCAAAGGGCAUCGGGAGGUCUGCCAGGCCCUUCUUCAGCACUGGCGGUUCUCAGCACAGGAUACUCAGGACUGGAACGGCUGGACGGCCCUGCAUGUUGCUGCUGCCCACGGCCAACGUACCACGUGCAGCACUUUGUUGGAGAGUCCACGCUUCAAGGUCUUCACUGCGAGAGACAAAAAUGGUAUGACGGCGCUGCAUGUCGCAACAGCUCGUGGGCGUGCCGACGUGUGUUCUGCGCUGUCCGACCAUCAUGCAUUUGCCGGUAUUGCUGCUGUGGACAACUUCGGGAGAACGGUCCAUGCUAUGCGAAAGGAACCGACGCUCAAGGACAGAGGUGUGCAGACAAUUCAGGUUCCGAAAGGCGUUGCGAAACGGACGCCAUCUACGAAGGCGAAGCCACAGAUGGAAAAGUGGCAAAGUUUAGCAAAGUGGACUUCCCACCUACAAAAGAUACAAGACGAGGCUCCCGUUGUUCCGACGCAGUUCAUGGAGCACGAAGUGGUAUCAGCACGGCUCAGUCACGUAGCAGAGCUCGAGACGAGCCUCCAGCGAGGGAGUGUCAAAGACUUCGGUGCUCGAGGCAAGGGCAAGGAGGACACAGAGGCACCAGGCAAGCUCCACUCCAUUGACUCCAGAGAUUCGGAGACAGAUGGGGCUCAGUCCAUGGCGGCACCUGUAGGUCAACCAAGACCUUCCAGCAGCGGGCCAUCCACUGGCAAGUCCUUUGGAAAUCUCUCCGUGGCAAGACCUGAACCAGAAGAAGAGGACAAACAGUUUGCAGCAAGAUCUGGAGAUUCAUCUGCCGCGCAUGCAGCAGGGCAAGUUCCCGAUGAAAGAACGCUGUCAGCAUCAGCUGGCGAAGUAACCGGGCACCCCGCCAAGGUCGCCACGCCGACUACGUCAGAAGGCAGCAAGCCCGCAGAUGGUGACCUGCUGGAAAGCACCAAGAACGAACAAGAUCCAGCAACUGUGUCGGCAGACAUGGCCUUAGACCACGAUGCGGGCACCACCAAGCUGAAGACCGAAGACAGGAACGGUCCGCAGGAUGUACCUGAAGACCGAUCGGAUGCCGCACAGCGGCAAGAAGAGAGGAAGCUGGUCUCGGAUGAUGCGGAGGCAGAUCUGACGAAGGAGGAGGGAAACCAAGUCGAGACCUAUGACAACAACGACAGAACUGUGGAGAAGAGCAAUAAAGUGGGAGAGGAGAACACGACAGCGGCAGAUGUCCCGAAGCCAGGCGACGAAAUGGAUGGUACCCCGCAGGCUGGAUAA